AUGAGUUCUGUGAAAUGCUACAUGUUCAAUGUCCAUUUCUGGAGUGCUCUUCUGGAUUUAUCAUUCAGUUUCUUGACUUCUCCUUAUAUUCUUUUCCCAUAUGUUGCUGGUUACGGAUCGGGUUUUCUCAUGUGGUUGGGAGUUUCUCCAUUGGUUCAAGUAUCAAUUGUAAUCAUUGAAAUAGGAUUGACUGUGAUGUCAAUCCUGGUUCUUUUCGAGAAUCGCUUCACAAUAUUAGGGUCAUCCAGCAAAGUAUGGAAUCGAUUUCGCAAAAUAUUUAUUGUUGUUCUCUACGUGUUUGCGUUGUUUUAUAUUAUUCCAUUCAGUUUACUGGUGCCAGAUCAGGAAAUGGCUGUUCCCAUGAUUCUAGAGAAGCUCCCAUCUCUCCGCUGCUUCUACACUGGACCUGUUAUCGUAUUCACCCUGGACGCGACUCUGAUUGGAUGGACUACUGCAAUAAAGCUGACUAUAGAAUUUUUGUUCAUUCUGAUAAUGUGUAUAAUGACAUAUCUCAACAUCAAAAACCAGAACAAGCAGAUCACACUUUCCCGGAAGACAUUGUCCCUUCAGAAGAAGUUCUUCAUUUCUCUUAUCACACAGACUGCGAUUCCAGUUGCUGUAAUAAUUCUACCACUUGCUUGUUGUGCAUAUUCAGUGGUUUCCGAUUAUUACAGUCAAGCAGUGAACAAUGUAUGUUUUCUGAUAAUCUCAAAUCAUGGUUUGGUGACGACCUUCGCUAUAUUAUUCAUCCAUAAACCAUAUCGAGAAGCCACGUUUCCUUGUUUGGAAACCAAAUGGAGAUACAAGACAGAUGUGGUUAUUAGUAUUGUACUGCCAACAAUUGACUGA